AUGCUGGGUGUACUCAAAAGAUAUAUGUUUGGCGGUUCCUUUGUCGACGAUGCCAGCAAGCUUGCUGUCAACAAGUCGUCAGUGUCUGAUCCGCCACAGCCGAUGCUCGUCAUUGGGGCGGGGUUGCCCAGAACAGGAACAGCAAGCUUCCAGGAAGCCAUGGAACGUCUGGGUUUACACUGUUACAACAUGUUCGUCAUGAGAAAUUCACAGGGUCAUGUGGACAUAUGGCAUGAGCACCUCGUGGAUCACACUUUGUCGUUUGACGGGCUUGUCGAUCACAUAGUUGCCUCUGGCUAUAGCGCAACGGUGGAUGUACCCAUGGCGUUCAAAUACAAGGAUCUUGCUAAAAGAUACCCUCAGGCGAAGGUUGUACUAACUGUAAGAAGUGAAGAGCCUUCAGUUGCCGCCGAAGCAUGGUCCAAUAGCGUGACAGCGACCAUCUUUAAGGAGAUCCCCAUCCUCGAGUCGGUUCCCUUUCGCUGGAUCCCUGUCGUUCACAAGACCAGAUUGUAUCUGGAGGCCAUGUAUCGAGAGGUGCAAUUCCCGCUUCACAACAGCCACGAACUGGCUGGCUUUUACAAUCCCUGGAACCAGCAAGUGAUAGACACAAUACCCUCGGAGAAUCUCCUCAUCUUUCGGGCUGCAGAUGGAUGGAGACCCUUGUGUGAAUUUCUGGCGAACGUCUCCCAGGAUGUAGAGCAGAAUUGUCAUGGCCUCUUGUCAUCUCAUGAGCCGUAUCCCUUUGUGAACGAUGCCACCAAGCUCAAGGCUCUCUUUUCCAGCUUGAGAGCGUUCGCUAUAGUGGUCCAAGUUUGUCUUGUCGUGCUGCCAGUGGCACUCCUCGUGGCUCUCGCUAUCCGCUGGUACAAGGCGGGUGCAAAGGAAAAGUCGUCGUAG